AUGGCUUUAAAGCCCUUGGUGAGGUUCCGCGUGACUUGUGGGUCAGUACACAAGCUUGGCAAGGUCGGCGACAGUGAGUGGGUUGCCACAGAAAAGCCUGGUUUGCUGGCUUCACAGAAUACAGAUCGCAAGGCUCUGGAGAGGGCUAUCCUGUUGGAUGUACAGAAAUGGAUGAUGGAGGAUCCCAACAUUACAAAACGGCGGAGUGCACUUGUCCUCACCACUAAGGUGGCGCAGCCAGUGUGGGAACACUUCACCACCAUACAUGACACAUUAGUGCCCCUCGUCAUCAAGGCAAGUACCAUUUCCUUUCAACGUGGUCAUGGAAUGCUAAACCCUUCCCAGUACCAGAUCGGGGAGGCUUACAUCAAGGCUGCGCAAUAUGUUAUCUACAAAAAGGAAACCCUCUGCAGUUGCAACUGGGACAAGCUCAAGGAUGCUCUUGCAAAUAGGAAGGCCCGCAGCAUUCAGACUACCGUGGAGGACAUUGUAAAGGUUGCGAAAGGUCUGCUGGCAAAAGACCUACCUUCUUGA